GUUACUAAUGACGUAACAGUUUAUGCGACAGGUGAAGGUCGGAAGACAAACCUUCCCAACGUGUUUAUCCAUCUACAGUACUACUCUCUGAUCAAUCUCAUUCCCCCCGAGAGACGGAUAUAAUAAAACCCAGAUCCGAUGCGGUUGUUAAGUGGAGCGGUGUUGCGGGCCACGAUGAGACACCGCUGUCGCUACUUUUCUGUGGCACAAAACAACUGGAACGUCAGAAAAGGUCUGGUACUCGGCGUUUACGAGAGUGAGAAGGAGGACGACUCUCUCCAUCUAACUGAAUCAGCAGCUGGUGUCGACAGAGUUCUGUCUGGUAAACUGACUGAGCUGCUAAAGAUAUCAGGACCAGGUCUGAAGAAAGGGAAGAGCAGAGUAUUCUACGGUCUUCAUGAGGACUUCCCAUGCAUAGCAGUAGUCGGUCUAGGGAGGAACUCUCUGGGUGUGUGUGGAACAGAGUACUGGGACACCUGUAAGGAGAACAUCAGGGCUGCUAUAGCAGGAGGCUGUAGGGUUCUCCAGAACCAUGUGUUGACCCAUAUAGAGGUGGAUGGGUGUAAUGACAGCCAGUCAGCAGCAGAGGGAGCUGUUCUUGGGCUGUUUACUUACGAUGACCUGAAAACCAAGAAGAAGACCAGAGUCACCACACAGCUGCAUGGCAGUGGAUGUGUGUCUGGCUGGGAGAAGGGCGUGUUGUACGGAGAGGGGCAGAACCUGGCCCGUUACCUGAUGGAAGCUCCAGCCAAUCAUGUCACUCCGUCAGUCUUCGCUGACACCAUCACAAACAGACUGGCUCCCUACGCCGACCACGUCACCGUCCAUAAGAGGUCUCAAGAGUGGAUAGAGGAGCAGCAGAUGGGAGCGUUCCUCAGUGUUUCUAAAGGUGAUAGAUGGGAGGGUUCCUCAGUGUUUCUAAGGUUUCUAGUUUGGUCUGCAUCUUGUCUCCUAGAGGCUUCUAGUUUGGUCUGCAUCUUGUCUCCUAGAGGUGGACAACACGGACGCAGAGGACGGUUGAUCCUAGCAGAUGCUCUCUGUUACGCUCACAGCUUCAACCCCAGGGCCAUCGUCAACGCUGCUACCCUCACUGGAGCGAUGGAUGUUGCUCUGGGUUCAGCAGCGACAGGAGUCUUCACCAACUCUGAUUGGCUCUGGGAACAGCUUCACAAGGCCAGUGUGGUAACAGGAGACAGGGUAUGGAGGAUGCCGUUGUUUCAACAUUACACCAGACAGGUCACUGACUGCCAGCUGGCUGACCUCAACAACGUCGGCAAAUACAGCCGUUCUGGCGGAGCCUGCACGGCGGCAGCGUUUCUGAGGGAGUUUGUGACGGCUCCUCAUUGGGCGCACCUGGACAUAGCCGGGGUGAUGACCAAUAAGGACGAGGUUCCCUACCUGAAGAAAGGAAUGUCUGGGAGACCGACACGAACACUGGUAGAGUUCGCUGCUGGACUGGCCAACCAAGCCUGAAGACACACACCACACCUACACACACUGAGCUGGCUGGAGAAGGAUUAUUCUGUAGAGACAGAGACACUGGUACUGUGUAGAGUUACAGACUGCUUCCCAAAUAGCACCUUAUUCCCUCCCCAUAGGAGUCUGGUCUAAAGUAGCUGGCCGUGAACUAUAUAGGGAAUAGGAUGCUAUUUGGGAUGUAUCCUGAGUCAUCUGGUAGUAGUAGCCUGCUGUGCAUCGAGUGGGUUGAAGAGGACAUUUCCACCCCAGUGCCCCAGCACAUGUAACUAAUUCCCUCACUAGGCUAGUUUAUAGCCUACAUACGUAUUCAUUGAGAAACUGAAUUUAUGUAAAUUGACAAGGUAUAUCGUAUCCUAC